AUGAGGAUAUGUAUCGACUAUAGGGAGUUGAUUCGUUUGACCAUCAGGAAUAGGUAUCCUUUCAUGAAAAUUAAGGAUUUGCUUGAUCAAUUGAAUGGGGCUAAGGUAUUUUUCAAGACCGAUUUACGAUCUGGAUAUCAUCAAUUGAAGGUUAAGGUAAGCGAUAUACCAAAGACAACUUUUAGAAAUUGUUAUGGACAUUACGAGUUCACAGUUAUGCCAUUCGGGUUGACAAAUGCUUCAAAUGAAUCGUGUUCGGCAAGGUUUGUUAUAUACAGUGAUGCAUCAAACCAAGGCUUGGGAUGUGUACUGAUGCAGCAUGGAAAAGUGUUUGCCUAUUCGUCAAGCCAAUUGAAGCAACAUGAGCAAAACUACCUGACACAUGAUCUAGAACUUGCGACGGCAGUACAUGCACUAAAGAUAUGGCACCAUUACUCAUAUGGAGGAAAUAAGGCUAAUGUUGUCACUGAUGCUCUAAGUAAAAAGUUAAUGGGACAGCUGGAAUCAUUACCUACUACUUAG